AUGGCAGCUAUUGCGACACAGGAAGGAAAAGACUGGAGUGCUGAUGCGAAGAAGAUAUUAGAAGAGCACCGAGAGGCCGAGUUCGAGAAGAAGCUGCCGAUAGGAGGAGGAGAUGUAGGGUUUAGGUACUCUCCAGACCAGCUAAAUAGCCUGGUGGAUCCGAAAAAUGCAUUUGUUUUGAGAGAGAUGGGCGGAAUUGAAGGUCUGGCGGGUGGUUUAGGUGUGGAUUUAAACACUGGUUUGACGGACCAGCAGGCGACUGAUAGCACUAGAUUGGACGUUUAUGGUCGUAAUGUGCUUCCUGAAAGGAAAACCAAGAGUUUGCUCAAACUCAUGUGGAUUGCAUUACAGGAUAAGGUGCUGAUUAUCUUGUCAGUAGCUGCGGUUGUAUCGCUGGCUCUGGGUAUUUAUGAGACUGUAGGUGAACCUCCAGAGUAUGACGAUCAGGGCCAUAAACUGCCGAAGGUCGACUGGGUUGAAGGUGUGGCUAUUUUAGUGGCAGUGGUGAUUGUUGUGACUGUCGGUGCAGUUAAUGAUUGGCAGAAAGAACGACAAUUUGCUAAGCUGAAUAAGAAGAAAGAAGACCGGAAAGUCAAGGCUAUUCGAAACGGAAAGCCUAGUGAAAUUAGUGUGUACGAUGUAGUGGUAGGAGAUAUUCUUCUGGUUGAGCCUGGUGAGAUGAUUCCUACUGAUGGUAUUCUUGUCAAUGGAUAUAAUAUCAAGUGUGAUGAAUCGUCUGCUAGUGGUGAGUCUGAUACUAUGAAGAAACAUCCCGCCAAGGAGGUUGUAGACGCUAUUGAUCAUAAAUCGCAGGGAUUGAAUCCUCAGUCGAAAGAAUUGGAUGCGUUUAUGCUUUCCGGUGCCAAGGUUUUAGAAGGUACAGGACAGUUUUUGACGAUUGCUGUGGGUGAAAAGUCGCUUCAUGGAAGGACAAUGAUGUCGCUUCAAGACGAGCCCGAGGCGACUCCUUUACAGGAGAAACUAAAUAAUAUUGCCGAAGGUAUUGCCAAGCUUGGUUUUGCUGCUGCUAUUGUCUUGUUUGUGGCUCUUAUGAUUCGUUUCUUUGUCCAGUUGCCAGGAUCUGUCAAGACUCCUUCACAAAAGGGUGAGGAGUUUAUGACUAUUUUCAUUACUGCUGUUACUAUUGUGGUUGUGGCUGUGCCUGAAGGUCUACCGUUGGCAGUGACUCUGGCUCUGGCAUUUGCUACUACUCGUAUGGUCAAGGAUAAUAACCUCGUUCGUGUGUUGAAAUCUUGUGAGACUAUGGGUGGUGCUACGACCAUUUGUUCCGAUAAAACUGGUACACUGACUCAGAACCGUAUGUCAGUUGUUGCUGCUACAGUUGGUUUCAAGAGCUGUGAAGCCAGUAUUGACGGUCCUGCUGAUGACCAGGAAGUGCCUGUGGGUGACAAGAGUCUUGAAAAGAGUCAUGAUAAGAACUACGACACUGCUAGUGAAGACGUUCUGUCUCCUAGCCAGCUUGUUGGUAUCUUGCCAGAAACCCAAUUCACUACACUACUCGACUCAAUUGCUCUUAAUUCGUCUGCAUUUGAAGAUAACAGUCCUGAAGCGACUGAGCCGUUUUUGGGAUCCAAGACCGAGACCGCUUUACUAGGAUUUGCAAGAAAUUAUAUGAACCUUGGUGAGCUGCUUAAAUACAGACAAGCAGCCGACAUUGUACAAGUAUUUCCAUUUGAUUCCGCCAAGAAGUUCAUGGCAACCAUUGUUCGCACCUCGAGCGGUAGCUACCAGGUUCUGCUUAAAGGAGCGUCGGAAGUGGUUCUUAGCCGAUGUACCCAAAUUCUCGAUACCGAUUCAUUCACUAAUACCAACCUAACAGCCGAACAUCUCGAAUUUAUCAACAACCAAAUUAACCUGUACGCAUCAAAAUCGCUUCGAACCAUCGGUCUUGUAUAUAAAGACUUGCCAGCCGACUGGUCUCCCGAUGCUCCUUAUGCACUGGAAGAAAACACCUUGUUCAAAGACAUGACCUUUUUGACCCUGGUUGGUAUUAAGGAUCCUCUUCGACCCGGUGUCAAGCAAGCUGUGGCCGAUUGUAAAACUGCUGGCGUCGUUGUUCGUAUGGUUACUGGUGAUAAUAUCAAUACUGCUCGUGCCAUUGCUCUUGACUGUGGUAUUUUGACUUCUGCCAACAACGAAGACGAAAUCGUCAUGGAGGGACCAGAGUUCCGGAAACUCAAUCCUUUUGAACUCAACAGUGUCGUUCCUAAACUGCGAGUUCUCGCCAGAUCGUCUCCACAAGACAAACGAAAGCUUGUCAAGUUUCUGAAAUCUUUAGAUGAAACUGUGGCUGUUACCGGUGACGGUACCAACGAUGCACCCGCACUUAAACUUGCUGAUAUUGGUUUCUCUAUGGGAAUUGCUGGUACCGAAGUUGCUAAAGAAGCAUCCGAUGUUAUUCUCAUGGACGACAAUUUCGGAAGUAUUGUCAAAGCCAUUAAAUGGGGUCGUACUGUCAACGAUGCUGUUAAGAAGUUCCUCCAGUUCCAAUUGACUGUUAACGUGACUGCUGUUCUAUUAACAUUCAUCUCUGCUGUUGCCGACUCCGAUGACACUUCUGUUCUUACUGCCGUUCAACUGCUGUGGGUGAAUCUUAUCAUGGACACCUUUGCUGCUCUUGCCCUUGCCACUGAUCCUCCAUCCGACUCUGUACUACAUCGUAAGCCCGACAAUCGUAAAGCAUCUCUCAUCACUGUUACCAUGUGGAAGAUGAUUCUCGGACAAGCAAUAUUCCAACUGAUUGUCACCUUUGUUCUGCACUUUGCCGGGUCUCAAAUCUUCAAUGUCGAUACCAGUGUCGGUCGUAAUAAGGAACAACUCUCUGCCAUGGUGUUUAACACCUUUGUAUGGUUGCAAUUCUUCAACAUGUUUGUCAAUCGUCGUUUGGAUAACCAUCAGAACAUCUUUGAGGGUGUUCACCGCAAUAUUUUCUUCAUUCUCAUUGCCGCCAUCAUUGGUGGAAUGCAGAUUGUGAUUAUGUUUGUCGGUGGUGCUGCCUUCAGUGUUGUCAAGCAGACUGGAGCCAUGUGGGGCACUGCGCUCAUUUGUGGUAUGAUCUCGAUUCCUGCUGGUGUGAUUCUUCGUCUUGUUCCCGACGAGUGGGUUGCCAAGCUGUAUCCCGCCCGUGCUGUUAACUGGGCCAUGAGUCUUCUGCCCCGCAAGAAAUCGUCAAAAGGACCCGAAAUCAUUGUUGACGAGGAGUCUACUAUGGGUGAUCCUCAACAGUACGUAUGGCCUGCCGGAAUCGAGCAAGUCAGACGAGAGCUUGUGUUCCUCAAGACCGUUCGUGGAGGCCGUGUUUUGCAGCUCAAUUUCAAGCCCAAGAGUAUUUACAACUCAUGGAAAGAAGCACUCACUCCCUCUUCUGCCUCUACCAACAGCAUCAAUUCACCCCACUCGCCCAGCUCGACCCUGGCCCCCAACUCAUACUUUACUGACUACCAUUCCAACUCCAAUAACGGCGGAAACUUCCUAUCCGUUCCGGGCCGUCGCAAGGGCAGCAACAUCGCCGCUCUGGCCGUGGUCCCUGCUGUAGUAGGAGGAGCCAUUGGCGGCUGGUCGCCCGAACUCUCGACCAACCCGCCCCCACCCUCCUCCCCCGACAGCCCCAAAAACAAGAAAUAG